GCCAGAGAGAGAGCUGCUUUCUGGAACAAGCCCCUCAGCUCCCAUUGGGGGCGGCAUCGCCGCCCCUUAGGCAAAGCGUCAGUCCCUUGGAGCCUUUUACCAGCUGGCCCUACUGUUGCUGCCACUGGCUCUGAUAAUCCUUCUCAGCCAAGGCCAGGCUGAGGGAGAAGGACUUCGGUGUUGAGGGUGACAAGAGGCCAGGGGAACCAGCAUGCCAAGAAACCAGGAUGCUUACAAAAUCUGUGUGUCAGGAUUAGGACAAAACCCUGUACCACAGAAAAGCUCUGUGUACCAGACGAAGGACUGAGGGCACCGAUCAGACUGGAAUGCUGGGUCCCCUAUUUGGUGAAGUGUCUUUCGAAACUGCAGAAGGAACGCAGGCCCUACAGACGGUGUCUUCCUCCUGAUUCCACCCAGAUAGUUGUGGGUGUCCCCUCAGCUCCCCAGGGACAGCUCUCGUUCUCUGUUUCCAUACACCCCCAGCCAAUGGCUAAGGAAAAGUGAGGAGCCAAGUUUAGAUGCAGGCUCUGAACUGAGCAAGCCACAGCCAGCUAGAAGAGGCUGCGUGUCCUCUUAGCCUGCUGCUGAUGCCUGCAGCAGAACGAGGCUGCUGUGGUCACACUGUGCACAGAAGGCAGCCUUGACCUCCAGCCACAGCUGGCUGGCCUCAGAGAUCUCCACACCGACUGUUAGGUCUCUAUCCACUGGCCUUGUCCACCCCAUCCACUUCCCUCCUGGAUUCAAGGCAAUGUUGCCUCAAAACAAGGACCAGGUGCUGCGACAGAAGGCAGUGCCCCCAAGUUGUCCCCCUCAGCUCCUCUCACAGUUUGUGGACUCCCCCCCACUCACCUUAGCAUCUCUUUCUUCCCAUCCGACCCUCCCUUCUUCCCACUUUCCUUUGCCCAGCACCACACAGGCUUGUUUCUUCUCUUCUUUGACACAAACCCACUCUCCUGGGCCUCACUUCUCUUCAGACUUGACUUGUGACUUUGUUCCUCCUCACUCUUCCUCUCUCCCAAGAUCCUCUUCUUGCCUUCGCCAAAACUAUACUUAUUUUGGUGAAAAACUUCCCUCUCCACACUCCACCUCUCCCUCCAACUCUCAGCUCUGUCCGUCUCCCCCUCUUACCAGUUCCUCCUCUCUUUCCCAGUUACAAAAUUCCUCUUCUCACUCCUGCCAGUCCCCUUCCCACCUGCAGGACUUUCAAAGCUCCAAGAUCACUUCCCCCGUCAGCUUACCUUCUCGAGGGAUUCAGAGUAACAACCAAACAUGGCGGUGUCCUCAGUCCGGAAGCAUCAGGUCCUCUCGGGGAGCAGGGGGAUAUGUGCCAAACAAGGUGGACCCUGCAGAAUUCAAGGACCCAGAGUCCCUCACCCGAGCCCUGGUGGUCCAUGUGGGGUGCUGCAGAAUUGCAUGAGACCUGCAGAUAGAGUUUCUGCAGUGCCUGUGGCUCGGCACACCCGGCCCGGCCCCAGUCGUGGAGUACCCCAUAUGUCUAGUGUGUCUCCAGCCCCGCAUCCCAUCUUGUCCCACCCCCAAGUACAAGACUAUACCCCCGCUGCUUGCCCUCCCUCAACUACUGCCUUGUGUCCAGGGCCAGGAAUCUGGGCCUCUCCGAAUAGGCAUUGGCUUCGGCCUCCGCCUGCCUCGGGGUCAGGUCAAGGCUUUGUAUCUGCUGCCUCCAAAAAAUCCGGAGGGAGUAGAGUCUCAGGAAGAGGCCCCCCAGAGUCAAAAACCCACAACCCAUGCAUCAGUUCAAAUCACCGGCACACUCUUCCAGGCCAGGAGCCUCCGGUCUGUAGAUCUUCAAUCACCAAAGCCCAGCCAGUGUUCCAGGUCUCUACUUCAGGAGCCAAGACAGGCCACUGCGUUCCCAAAGCCCGGGCCUUCGGUCUCAAAGAGGUCUGUGUCUCUAGGGUAUAUUCUCCGAAAGUCGCCAUCUUAAUCCCAGAGAAGCGGAGACCCUCUGGAACAAACUCCACCUUCUCUACCAGGACUUCUCAGUCCCUGGAGGGCUGGCUGGCCGGAAGCCAGGUCUGUUCCCCUGCCCUGAACCCUGGGAACCCCUUGUGGAGUCUGCUCUCUCCUAGUUGAAGAGACCAGAGGCACCCAAGGCCUCAUUCAGCCUUCAGUGUAUCUAAUAAAGCCUUACCCUGAGAA